UCUCAGUCACCAUCUCGCAGCCUUCAGUUCAUUUCAAGCAGUUGUCGAGGCAGCAGACGAAAGGUGAACUCUCUGAAACCCCGACCGCACCAGGAAUAGCAGUACGAGUCAAGAUGCUUCUCGGUUGGAACUUCACCGUGGCAGACGAUGCCAUUUUCUUCCUUCUGCUGGUGAUAUCCCUCGGCAUAGGCGUCUACAGCGCCUUCAAGACGAGGGGCAACACGUCCACCUUGGAGUACCUCCUUGGCAGCAGGGAUCUGUCACCCAUGGCGGUAUUUCUAUCUCUUCUCGGUGGCGUCGUCUCCGCCAUUGCUAUACUCGGGAAUGCCACGGAAAUGUACUUCUAUGGAACGCAGCUGUGCAUGAGCAUGAUGGGAAAUAUCUUUGGAAUCCUCAUCGUCAGGAACGUCUUCCUUCCAGUACUCUACCCACUUCACAUAGUUUCAAUGAACGAGUAUAUUGAGCUGCGCUUCAGCUCUCCCGGGCUGAGGAAGUUGGCGAUGGGUUGCCAGUUAGUCUCUUCCUUCUUCUACAUGGGGAUCUGCCUUUACGUCCCCUCGAUGACCCUCAGCUCCGUCACGGGCCUCCCUACUUGGACGUCCGUCAUCUGCAUGGGCUCCAUCUUUACCUUCUAUAUCACCAUCGGAGGGGCUCGCGCCGUUGUCUACACCGACGUCGUGCAGACGAUCAUGAUGUUCGGAGGAGUUCUACUGGUGACGGUUAUGUGUUGCAGCCAGGUGGGAGGUAUUGAACGCGUCGUCGAAUUGGCACGGGAGGGAGGAAGGAUAGAAUUCUUCAACUUUGACCCAAGCCCCUUCGUUCGACACACCUUUUGGUCAACCAAUGUCCUCGGUAUCUACGUUAUCGUCAGCAUGUUAGCCCUCAAUCAGUCGCAGUUCCAAAGAUUCUGCUCUUUGAAGAGUUUGGAUAUAGCCAAAACGCUUUGCAUGCUGUUUCCCGUGGGCUUCUUCCUGCUGCUUGUGAUCUUCUACUUAUCCGGCCUCGUUGCUUAUGCCACCUACGCGGACUGCGACCCCUUUACAUCAGGGAAAAUCGAAAAACCUGACAUGAUUUUACCCUACUUGGUCACUAACAGGCUGUCAAAUUAUGCAGGACUUUCUGGAUUUUUCGUGGCAGCUGUGUACAGUGGCGUUUUGAGCACGCUCUCAUCACAAGGAAGUGCUAUUGCUUGUAUUGUCUGGGAAGAUUUACUCAAAAACCGACCAUAUUUUCAUCACUUCACAGACAAACAGGCCACUAAUGUCAUCAAAAUCCUCUCUGGAGUAACAGGAGUUGCAGCCAUUGCUCUGGGUAUGCUAGUUGGUCAUCUAGGAACUAUUUUCAUGGUUGCUUACAGCAUCAUGAGUGCUCUUAAAGGUCCACUGGGAGGACUGUUCCUUGCAGGUAUAUGCACACCAUGGGUUAAUAGAAAGGGAGCAGCUGUCGGAUUUGUGGCUUCAUUUAUGAUUAAUGUAUGGCUCAUCAUUGGCAAAUUUCUACGUGGAGGGGGAAAUCCCACAACUCUCCCUCUUUCUGUUAGUGGAUGUGAUGGAAACAGUGAGACAUUUCAAAAUGCAACUUCUAGUGGCAUAGACCUUAUGCCAGUUCCACCGUCAUCAAAUAUUGCUUUUCCUCCAAUAGGGAAACACAACAACCUUUAUGAUAUCUCGUACUGUUAUAGUGGUUUCAUCGGUAUAAUCCUGACACUUGUUAUUAGCUCCUUCGUAUCAGUCUGUACAGGACCACUCCCACCCAAAACAGUCAACCAGCGGUACCUAAAUAAAACCUGUGAAUGGUUGUAUGUGAAAGUAUGGGAGAUUUCCUGUGGGAAAAAGACUGAGAGAGGAGAGGGUGAGGGAGAAGAUGCCAGAAAGCAAAGCAUUGAGUUGUCUGACAAAGAUCAGAAACCUGACAGAGAAUCCGAGCCCAUCAAACCCUGUCAUGAAAAUGGCUACCAACAGUUGUCUUCAGAAGGGGACACAACAGCUACUAGAAAAGUUGAGUCACCACUGUCAUAUGCUGAUGAGGAGGAAGUGCUCUUGAAAGAUGAAAGUGAAGUAAGGAUGGAAGCUAAUUUAUCAUGCCAGUACACUACAAAGUAAGUGUUACAGAUUUAGAAAUAUAGUAUUGCAUAGCAUAGUACAUAUAUGUUGCAUAUUGGAAAAGGCAUCUGUAAAUGAGUGUCAUUGUAUAUUUAGUAGUACAUUAGUUUAUAUUUAUUCAUGUUGGUUGUAGCAUUCCUGAUGAAGGGACUGUAUCAGGUUUUGGCAAGCAAUUUUUUUAUGCAUAGAUGGAGAACAAAGUGAGCUUGUAUUUUUACUGUAGUGCUCUACAGUAACUACUAUGCUUGUUUGAAUGUUAUAGUAUUAUUAGAAUACUAUUAAGAGGAUAAAGAAGCAAAACCUGUAUGCUCAUUGUACUUACAAGAAAUAAUGAAUGGUCAGCAUAUUUUGUUAACAAAUAAGAGUACUCAUAAAAUAUUCAAUUUAUUGAUAGCACUUAUGGCCAUAUGAUUUGCCGCUUUCAAUGUUGCAUCUUGUAAGGUAUGAUUUUAAAGGGUUCAGGCUGUUUCUCAGUGGACUGGCUAAGCUACCCAUUAGUAAUAAAAAUCAUGUUGUAUAUGGAACAAACCCUCUGUGAGGACAAGAGAGUAAGACAGGUAUCUGGGUACUGAUGCUUUAUUGCCCGAGAGCAGGGUAUACAAGGACAGGUGCGGACGGACAUGUAGUACCUGGGUUGGGUCGACAGAGGUCGGAAUGCAGAGAUUGGCAAUUUUUGUUUGUUCCGAUACGCAAUACAAACCAUUGGUCCUUUAACAAUAGGAAUGUAACUUGCGGCAGCUGGAACCAGUCGUAAGCUUCGAACAAGGGAGUUCGGUAGUUAACCUCUUCCUGCUCAACCUCCGUGUAUUCUCGGGUUUAAGAUAACCGUCAUACUUCAGUAAGCCCGAGCAUACUCGAAAUUCUGUUAUUCAUUUUCUUUUUCAUCAUGUCUCAUGUAUCUAGAGUGUGUAUGUUACUGUCUGUAUUUUGUAUAUUCAAUGUAUAUGGCCCUGAGCUGAAAUAAAGCAUAUUAUUAUUAUUAUUAUUAUUAUUAUUAUUAUUAUUAUUAUUAUUAUUAUUAUUAUUAUUAUAUCUUUCCUAGCAACUCCGAAUAAACUCAGCUGUUGUUUAUAUUAGUCUCCCACCAUUAGAAAGCCAUUUUCUAUGGAUAUAAGUGCCUUCUUAUAGAAAAUUGUAGCUAUCUUGGCGUCACUUGGCCAUUUGAGAUGCAUCCUUUCAUCAGUCAGGACUUCUAUUGUUUUUUGUGGAUUUUUCUUUUAUUAUUAUUGAUAAAACUAUCAUGAGUAGUGAGAGUGAUAGUGAUACAGAUUAUUAUGAUGGAAUGGACAAUUCAGGGAGCGAAAGUGAUGGUGAUAUGAUGUCAGAAUACUCUGAUACUUCAGAUGAAGAUGAUGAUGAUAAUAAUACUGAUAACCAAGGCUGGCAAAAAAUAAUAAUUUCGGAGGAUAAACCACCCUCUCCCGCACAGCCUGCAUUUAUCAUGUGUAAUUAUUUUGUUAUACUGAAGAAUUAGGAAAGAAUAAAAAUAUAGAUGAAAAUGCAAUAAAUAUAUUCUUUAUUUUUUAUUUUCCUUGGUUUUUUAUAAUUACCGAGAAAACUCGGCCUUGAGAAGUUAUGUAAUAGUUGAAGACUAUCCUGACCAAAAAAAUUUUUUUUCUGAAAUAUUCCAGGUGAUUUAUCACUUUAGUAUAUACUUUAGAAAUAAACAAUAAAAAAAUAUGCUUCAUAAAGACUGGAAUUUGGGAUAAAAAAUGUGAGAGGGAAGAGCUUAACUGCUUGUCCGACAGUCAGCGCACCGCGCGACUGGGAGGUGAAGAUUCACUUUGCUUUUGGCCACGCUGGGUGACAGACGUGUUCUCCACUUCUCUCUGCCCGCCUUUCGUCGUGUGCUUUGUUUCUUCAAUCCUGGUUUGCUAUUCUUGUGUGAUUGUCUAAAAUACUGUAAGUACUUGUGCUUUUGUAUUUUAUAACCAUUAUUAUGGAUUCUCGUGAGCUGGAGAGUUCCCCACGCCCCCCCAUCAGCUGCAGGAUUUGCCUUGGUGUGGAGGGCCGUAAGUGUGGGGCCUUCCACUCCUUCUUGGAGGUUGAUCCUCAUGAAUUGUGUGCUCGGUGUUGGGGGCAUGAAUGCUCUUGCGCCGAGCCCUGUAAUAUUUGUGUUUUGUGGUUGGAGGAGCAGUGGGCGCGCUUUGAGGGAAGGAGGAAGCGACGUAAGCCUGCCAGGGAGUCAUCGGAAAGUUCUCCGGCUACUCCCCUGGUCACGGACACGUCUUCUUUCCUCCCUCCAUCUCAGCUCUCGCGUAUGGCUCCUUCCCCUUGGGGGGGGUUUCUUGCUCCUUCUCUUCGCCCUAUCCGUCGAGCAUGGAGGAGGGGGCGAGGUACCCUGACAUUCAAUUGUACUCAGGGUUUUCCGUUUGCUCGGGGUGGGACUUGUCCCCCCCCGGGCGAGGGGGAACCCCUCCUACUAACCCGACUUUAGCCUCCUCAGGUGCGACUGCCGCGGGUGAUGACCUCGGCCAGGUGUGGUGCUCGUUGGGUCUCCAGGGGACACCGAGUAUUUGGGGGCUGUUGCAUCACCUGGCGAGUGGCUCUGCUCCGGUCACGCAUGGUCCGUUAACCACCACCACCACCACCACCACCGUGUCGACCCCAGGGUAUGCUGCCCCUCCUCACCUGGUUUAUACGCAGCAUAUGGCUACGGUGACCCCUUCAGCUGCAGUGCAGGCGUUGUUUCCUAGUGUUCCGAGGAGGGUCGUAACGCCGCUGCCCGGGUUUGCCGCUCUCGCCCCAGCCCCCGACUUCGUGCCCAAAGAGCUCGCCCCUGGACCUGCCACCAGUACCCAGGAGGUCGCUGGUCGCUGCCCCGCCUUCUGCUGUUCCUGCCGUGCCUGCUGUACCUGACGUUCCUGCCGUACCUGUACCAUCCCCUGCCGACGUCGUUCCUGCCCGUGGUGUUGCUGCUCCAGUCGCAGGUCCUUCCGUACAGGUGCAGUCGGGCCGUGUUGCUUUGGCAAUUGCCCCGGCUCCAUCCUGGAUGGAGGAUCUGACGACUGUCCUGAGGAAGCUGACGAAGAAGAAGAGGAAGAGGAAGAAGGUGUCGUCGUCGUCUUCAUAGUCUUCUUCGUCGUCGUCUGCUGCCGCCUCUUCCCCUUCGGCUUCCAAGGCUUCACAGCCGAGGAAGAAGAAGGCUGUCUCCUCCCCCCUAAGAAGGGAUGGGGGGGUCUUCCGCUGGUCCUCCCGCUCCUUCGGGAGCGGGGCCCGCCUCUCCUUCCGCAAGGAAGAAGUCAGGGACCAGAGGGGUACCAGCUAACACCGGUACCUCCUCACCUGAUGCUAGGGGCUCUGCCGCUGCAUCAGGUUCCAUCUCGGCCUCUUGUUUGCAAGAGGUACCGAGUGUGCGGUCGCCCGCGGGUGACCGUGCAGCCAAAGUCCAGGCUUCCGAGUUCGCUCGACGCCAGGACCGAGGCACGGAGCGGAAGACAGGUGAGAGUCACUCAGGUGACUCCCGCCAGGCCAGCGAUCGCUCUCGUAGCGAUAUGCGUCUUCCCAGGGUUGACGAGUCGGUCCCAGACAGGCCGCGGGUUGAGACAAGGAAGAGGUCCCCUCGGUAGCCAGCGGCUAGACGCGCUGUGAGGAUGGGCCCCGCUCCCACCAGGACCGGGUGGGUAGGGGGACCAGCAGCAGCUCCUCUGACGCUUGGGACCGGAGCCGUUGUUCUCGGUUCAGCCACUCUCCUGCGGAGAGCCGCGCGACCAGGCCUGCAGCUCGAUCGCCACCGCAGGUUGGCAAUCGCCUGCAGCCCCCCAAGCACAUCGGUUCUGCCGGUGAGCGAGGGGGGAGCAUCAGGUCUUCCUCUCCGAUCCCUUCAACUUCCUCGGGAAGAGCGAGGUGAUCCGGAGUGACUGUGAGGAGCGCGCUCCUCACAGUCCCACCAUGACGCCUUAUGAGCCUGGCACGGUCACACUCCUCAGAGUCCCACCACGAUGCCCUACGAGCCUGGCAUGGUCUUAGGACCGACCAGGUCGUACGCGCAAGUGGCAGGAGGAGACCGGGAGGGGUCUGUUGCAGUUCCUCCUUUGGAAGGAGAGGGUCUCGGGAGGCGCUCUUGUUGGAGGGACUUGGUCCUACUCCAUAAGACGCGGUCACUCCCAAGAUUCAGAGGUCGUUUGCAGAGGUUAUUGCGCUGAUUUGUCAGCACAAUGACCUCGGGGAAGGAUCACUGCUCCCACCUUCUGAGCCUACUUCUAGGCUCGAGUCGUUCUGGGGUCCUAAGAAGGAACCCAAGACGACCGUGGGUCUGCCGCGAUCGGCUCUGGCUGACUCGGUGCUGGGCCAGGUGGACUCUCGUCUCCAGACAGGAGGGUUCGCUACGGUCUGGCAGGUCUUCCAAGCUACUUCUCCCGCCUCUACUGCGACAGAGGAGAUUCUAUGUGUCAUCGGAGGACCCUCUGCCUCCCGAACAGGUUAACCCGGAGCUAGCUAGGCUAGGGGUGUGUCUGCAGCAACUCCUGUCGGAGAACUUAUGGUUCUCGCAGCAAGAGGCACUCGCCCUGGAAUCAACCGCCAUGGCAGCAUUCACUUCAGGAAAUAUCACUCCUGAAGGUGACCCGGCUUUUGGGAGUCUGUGCCAGUCUGGAGUUAGAGCUAUCUCCUACCUAGCCCACCAGACUGCAAACCUGUGGGCCAACCUGGUUCUUUGGCGUAGGGACGCAGUCCUCACCCGAGUGACCAGGGCGGAAAUCCAAGCCAUGCUGAGCAAAGGAGCUGUGGAGAUCGUCAGGGAUCGGUCACCGGGCUUCUACAGCCGUCUUUUCCUGGUGAAGUCUUCGGGGGGCUGGCGCCCGUUGAUAGAUCGCCUUCCCCUGAACCAAUUCGUUUGCCAGUCUCGGUUCACGAUGGAGAUGGCACGCUCCGUGCUUGACUCCAUCAGGGAGAACGACUUCAUGCUUUCGGUGGACUUUAAGGACGUGUAUUUCCAGAUACCUGUUCAUUAGUCCUCCAGGAAGUACUUCCGCUUCAUCCUCGACGGGACAGUGUACCAAUUCAGGGCACUUUGCUUCGGUCUCUCAACCGCCCCACAGGUGUUCACGCGAGGGUUCACUCUGAUGUCUGCUUGGGCCCACUUAUCAGGGAUACAUCUUUUGAGGUAUCUUGAUGACUGGUUAGUCCUGGCGAGCGUUGCUAUGGGACAGGGAUCGACUCCUCGAGUUCUGCCGCAAUCCAAUCUGGGGAUCGUGGUGAACUUCGAGAAGUCAGAUCUCGAGCCAAAGCAGAGGAUGAAGUACCUGGGUAUGCUGAUCGAUACGGUAGCAGGACGAGUCUUCCCCGCAGACUCAUGGAUCAGCAGAUUCAGGGAGGCAGCCUACCAAUUCCUGUCUUGGCAGGAACAGCCAGCUCAGCAGUGGCAAGUCGUGAUCGGCCACCUGUCGUCACUCGAGAAGUUAGUCCCUCACGGGCGUCUUCACCUGCAGUCUCUCCAGUGGAGACUAAAGGAGAGUUGGUCUUAGGCAAGAGACCCGCUGUACUUCCCCGUGUCCCUCUUGGAGGAGGUGAGGCAGGACCUAGCCUGGUGGCUGGACAACAGGAACCUUGUAAGAGGAGUGCCUCUCCGCACUCCCCCCCCGGAGGUGUUGCUGUUUUCAGACGCAUCAACCGAGGGAUAGGGCGCACACCUGGAGGAGUUGCUGACUGCAGGAGUGUGGGAUCAUCAUGACAAGCACCUUCACGUCAACGUCUUGGAGCUCAAGGCAGCGUUCCUCGCUCUCCAAGAGUUCCAGGACCAUCUGAUGGGACACUCGGUGGUGUUGAUGUGCGACAACACCACAGUAGUGGCAUAUGUCAACAAACAGGGGGGCCUAGUAUCCCUCCCGUUGCACCAGUUGACGUUGCAGGUGCAUGAGUGGGAAAUGGCUCUUUCAGUAGAGCUGUCAGCCCCGCUACAUUCCAGGCAAGAGGAAUGUAGUAGCAGACAAGCUCAGCCGUUGGAAUCAGGUGAUAGGGACCGAAUGGUCCCUACACCCAGACAAAGCGGAAAGGCUCUUCAACCUGUGGGGGCGUCCAUUCGUAGAUCUGUUCGCCACCCGGCACAACAAGAAACUUCAGGUUUUCUACUCGGGUGUGCCGGACCCAUGGGCAGCUGCAGAGGACGCUCUUCAACACCCGUGGGACAACCUCUUCGUUUACGCCUUUCCCCCGUUCUGUCUGAUUUGCAAGGUUAUCAGCCGAGUGCUGGUCACCCCGAAUCUCCGGAUGAUCCUGGUGGCUCCCAUCCAGACCUGCUGGCUCUUGCAGGAGCACCGAGAGAGAUUCCCCCUUGGCACAACCUUCUCUUCCGGCCACGCAUGGAACAGUACCACCAGUCAGUCCAGUCCCUUCAUCUUCACGGCUGGCUCUUAUCCACCAUCUCUUGCGAGCGAGAGGCUUUUCUCGCCGAGCAGCAACAGAGAUGGCUGGGUACAUCAGACAGUCCUCUACAGCUGUGUACCAGGGAAAGUGGGGCGUCUUCUGAGGUUGGUGUCGUAGACGGGGUCUAUCUUCUCUCAGAGCCACUCUUCAGCAGGUAGCAAUUUCCUCGUGUUUCUUCGCCGAGAGAAGCCCCUCUCCGUCCCCAUAGUCAAAGGAUACAGGGCCACCCUGGCCCUAGUCCUGAAACUGAGGGGAGUGGAUAUCUUGAACUUGUUCGAGAUCUCCCUGCUAAUGAGGAGCUUCGAGAGGUCUUGCCCACCCAGGGAACUCAGGAUCCUGGGGUGGGAUGUGACUCUCAUCCUUAGGAGUCUGACUUGAAGUCAACUUCGAGCCACCCCGAGAAUCGUCAGACAGGGAUCUGACCCUCAAGACCCUCUUCUUGCUGGCCCUGGCAUCGGCGAAGAGGGUAGGGGAACUUCAUGGCUUAUGCUUCAACGUCAAGCAUAUCAGGGGAUGGGGAUCUGUGACGCUCGAUUUCGUCCCGAACUUCUUAGCGAAGACUCAGAAUCCUUCGGUCCCUGACGACCAGUUCGAGUCAUUCACGAUCCCCUCCCUACUGGACCUCACCAACAACGAUGCGGAUGAGAUGCUGCUUUGUCCUGUGAGGGCGCUACGGCGCUAUCUGAAGAGAACUCGGCACCUCAGGACCGAGUGUCGAUGCCUCUUUGUUAGCACCGGGGUGACCAAGAAAGAAGUAUCCAAGAACACACUUUCUUUCUGGCUGCGCGAGGGGAUCAGGAGGGCGCACGAAGCGACGACAUCUGUACCCUUCGUCCGACCAACCAGACCACCUUCACCUCCUUCUAUCUUCGGGAUAUAGCCCACAGGUCCUUGGACACUUUUACCUUGGGACCCAUGGUGGCUGCUCAACAAGUUGUGUAGCUUACCCAGCACCCGAGUGGACAGAACAGCAUCGCAUCCUUGUGUGACUGCAUGAAUCGAUGAGUGAAUGAGAGUGUGACUGGCUUCUCUUCCCCAUCUUUUUCUCCCCCUCUACCUGCGGGCAGAGGUACGCGGUCGUUACUACGCUGGAACAGGAGACCGAUGCAGGUAAGCUACUCGACCGAGCUCCAUCCUACCCCUUUCGUUAGGGAUAGGAGCGAUUAUCCACCACUUUCCCCAACAAGGGGGGGGGGUAAGUGGAAGCCAACAAGAGACAAACCCAUGACUUCAUAUUGCCUCUUGCAAUAGGAACAAGUUCUUGCUUGCUAGUUUUAAGAGGUACGCUGGCCUCCCUCUUAUUACUUGGGUCCAGAGGUCUGACCAUUGACCCUGCGGUACAUACACCCUGAUCAUUGUGCAGAGGCUAGGAUCCCUCCCUCUGCUCUUAUGACCAGGGAGGGAACCAGGUUGGACGAACACCAGUCUGUUCAUUGACUCAGAUUCCACCCACCAAGAAGUGAGUCUUCCUAUUGUUAAAGGACCGAUGGUUUGUAUUGCAUAUCGGAACAAAUAACAAUUUGUCAAAAAUUGUAUUUUUCCUAACAAUACAAACCUGAGGUCCUUUACACAUAGUCCCACCUCAUGCCACCCCUCACUCUGUGUUUUCCUGGGCCUAAAGCAAAGUGAAUCUUCACCUCCCAGUUAACAUGUGUCGUUAAUGGCGGGAGCCAAACUGUUUUAAGAUGCCAGAACAAACCUGGAAAGGUGUCUUGUAAUAAGUCCAUUAGUGGCAUCGGUGUCAACCGAGGAAGGAGCUUUCAGAGACCUAGACUAUGUAUCGCUGUGUGGUUCCGUUUAAGGUUCUCAGAAGGUAAGCGGGCAUAGUAAUUCUGUGUAUGGCAGGACCCAAACUGCUGUGUUUACCAUCCAAUCUGGGAGGUCAACAGUUGUGAGGACAAGAGAGUAAGACAGGUAUCUGGGUACUAAUGCUUUAUUGCUUGAGAGCAGGGUAUACAAGGACAGGUGCCGACAGACAUGUAGUAUGUACCUGGGUCGGGGCGACAGAGGUCCAAGCGCAGAGAUUGGCAAUUUGUGUUUCUUUACAUACAUAUACAGUGGUCCCCCCGUAUUCGCGUUCUCCGGAUUCGCGGACUCACACAUUCGCUGAUUUUUCUUUGGAACUUAUCUAGAAAUUAUUCAUGGACGGACUCACCCAUUCGCAGAAUUUUCCGACGAAAAUAAUCACUAAUUAGUGUAUUUUGAUGUUUAUUUUCAUGACUAAAUACAUUUUUAUGAUACAAAAAUGAUUUACUAAUUUUCAAAUAUUAAUUUUGAUAAAUACUGUAUUAGUAAGUUUAAUAAGUUGAAAUGAUAUCACAUAAUAAAAAUAAUAAUUCUCUCUCUCUCUCUCUCUCUACUACAAAGAUGUAUGUUUUUUUGUAUGAUAAAUAAAUGAUUUACUAUUUUCAAAUAUUAAUAUUAAUUUAUACAGCAAUAAUAUCAAUUCAUUAAAGAAAAUACCAUAGUGAAUUAGUAAGAUUUUAGCUUAUAAAUUUAAAAAAAUUAUGGAAGAAUGAAGGAAAUCCCAGUCUUCUUUCUCUAACUCCAGGUACUAAAACUGCCAGAUAUAUCAAGUUCUGUGACAGGAGGGGGAAGAGCAGUUGUGUUGCUAUCAAAUGCUCAUGAAA